AUGAGUCGGGUGUCAUCCGACUCUCACAUAGUCCCCGUGGACAUCAACACCUGCCUCGAUGCCAUCAUUCAAGCCUUCCACGAUGGCGGCGCGAUCAUUCAGAAGAUCAAGAAGAAGCGCGCCGUGAAACGAGCUCCACCUCCGCCGCGACUACUCGAGGAAUCGAUCGACCAAGCACCCGAUGGCAUCCUACAAGAGAAGAAGCGUGGAAUAGCCCGGUUUGGGCAGGCGUUCGAACAUGGAGACUACAUCACAAUCAUAGCCCUGCAGCAAAUCACAAUACAACUGCAGAGUGCUUUGCUGGAGAAGCUACGGAAUGCCGCCUUUGACGACGACCAUGCUAUCACGGACUUUACCUAUCUCGUGGAUGCGGUCGAUAUUGGAAGAGACCGAACGAUAGCCACACUACACGAGUUCAAGCAGCGGUUGUUGAAUGGCUCAUCCUCGCAAGACGCCCUCACACCGAUCGCUGGACCACUCACUCCAGUGAUGAGCUCUUCCCACGCAUCCAAUCACUCGCUUGUUACUCCUUCCGUGUCUUCCUCACCCAGGAGCAGCCUCACGCGACUUCGUACGAACUCUUCAACUGGACCGGUGAAGCCGAAUCAAGGAUUACAACGGACAUGGACUCGUGAUUACAAUCACGCUUCGGACGAAGGAGACGCAUCAGCCGGUGCCGACGACACGCAGCAGAGUCACACCCGUCGAAAACGAAGCUCCAUCAUGUCAAUAUUCAGCCACAAACGGAAUGUCAGCGGAAACGACGACAAGAACUCAAUACCAACAGUCUCCACCCCAGCAGCCAUUCUAGAAGAACCAGAUCGGUCCAAAUCAGUCACCUCACCCACCAGCAUGGCCAGCAACACCCAUCACGCCCACUCUCACGAAAACCACCCACCCGGAAAAGCCACCACAGAGGUCACCGACUCCGGCGCCACCUUUACCUACGAAGAAUGGGAAGACAACCCGCAAGAAAUCUGGGGUCCCAAAGUCCAACCUCCCGUCAUCGCCCGCCGCGAGACCACCGCCAGCUCCAUCGCGCCCGAAGUCCUUUCCCCUUCUUCCAUGCACCCACCAACAUCCCCUAUCCUCGUUCACCGCACCAACUCCAACACACCGAACUCCACCUCCCUAAUCCCGACCCCGUCCCCGGACAAUGACUACCUCGGCUACUGCAAAGGCGCCUGGAAACUGCAAAACGGCGACCGCAAAGCCCUCGCCAAGGGUCGUGAAGUGGAACCCUGGUCCCGCCACCCUUCCUCCGCCGCGGCAUCGAUGCAGUAUCUCUCCUGCGUGACGAAAGGCUGCGCGUUCCGCAGUAAUAUCGCACACGCGGAUACGGAUGUGAUUUGGAAUAAAGUCUUCACCUUCGCCGCGAGGGGUUUGAAACUCCGGUGGCCGUUUUUGGCAAAGAGUCAUGUUCAGCAGAAAGUCGUCGUGAAAGCGCAGUAUUCUUUCAAAUGCUUGUUCUGCGUGUUUAUGGGUGGCAAGAGUGGGGUGUAUCAUGGUAUGGAAUACUACCUCGAUCAUAUCGUUGAUGAACACCGUGGUCGAGCCCUAGGCGACGUCGUCCUCUACAAAACGAGUUGCAUCAACGACCGCGUGGCGGAGAAUGAGGAGGCAUUUGACAUCAACCUUUUCCCGCUGGAUGGUGGGGAUGGUGGUGGUGUACUGGGAGGCAGGGAUCGAGCGAAGAGUGGAGAUAAGUGGAUGAAUGUGGCGGAUGGGCCGUUUGAUCCGAAUGAUGUGGGAGGGAAUGGGGGUUGGAGGAGUGAUGGGGCGCAUGAUUCCAUGUUUGGGAGUAAUGAGCCUUGGAAUGAGGGGUUGAGCGAUUUCAAGUAUCGCGGGGAACUGGAUCGGACGUCGGAGUUGGAAUAG